GUAGACACACAUUUCGAUAGUGUUCUUGUUAUUUGUAACAAUUAUUUUUGGCAAAUAUCUCAGUAUUACUUUCUGAAAGAAACAGGUGCAACACUUUUCUGAAAUCCAAAUUCAUUAUCACCUAUUUUGGUUAUGUAAAUUUCAACUGAAACUAUUUAGUCUCCAUCGCCAAAAAGUAAUGCGCUCAAUGAAGGAAUAAAACCAAAAUGUUAUGCAUGAACUAAUGCUGUGCCCAUUAAUAGACGUUUCCUGGACUAUAAUAAACAAUCAUCUAAAAAUAUAGAGUGUAAAGAUGGAAGCUAACGGAAGUUUGUCCUCCACAUUACCUUUAUUAUCAACAUCAGAAGCUAUGAAUGAGUUUGAGUCCGUUCUGUCAACAAUGGAAUCUAUCAGUUUGAAUAUAACACAGGCAGUAACAACUGAAAGAUACUACAAUACAGUUACUUCGAGUGUACGUGAUAUACUCAGCACCUUAACAACACAAUCACUUCAUCAUGACCAUAUAACAGUGCAUUCCGAGUUCGCUUGUGUUGGCAGCGAAUUGUCUGAACCAGAUUUUCAACUAUACGCAUGUUCUGGUAGUAAGAUCACAGCGUGGAUUGCAAGCAUAUUUCUUAUAAGCAUGAGUGUAUUUGGGAUAAUAAAAUGUCUCACAACUCAUGGAGCUCUUAAUAUCUUCGACCUACGACGUACAGGAGUGAGCUUCCCAAAACGACCAGAAUUUUUUGUGCUGAUCUGUUCAAGCUUACCACUGGUAUUUAGCGUUCUUUCAAGACCCUUAUUCACGCCUUUGUCGCCUAUGCACAAAUAUUUCAUUUUAGGAUGGGGUAUGGCACAAACUCGAUUCUUCUUUGAUUUAUUUACCAGAACAGCUACAAUCUAUCACCUUGUCUACUGGGUGUAUCGUACACCAAUCAUACGUUUAAUCUGGUACAUCUAUUUCAUGUGUGAUCUCCAGUGCACUAAAAUACGAGAUAAAGCAAAAACAAUGGUGAAGCCACAGAAGUCUGUUAUCAAAGCUGUGAAAACACCAGCUAAACGUUAUGGUAGACAACAAACCACAGGUCGAGGUCGGACGUCUGAAUGGGGUUAUGCUGAUAAAAGACGAAGAUCAAAGUCCAGUAAAGGUGUCCGUACAACUACUGAAUCAGUAACAUUACCUAAUUCAUCAUCAACCAAUACACUGGGUGGUCUAGUUGAGCAGAAUAACAAUUCAGGUCAAACUGUGAGUUCUGGUGCAGUAAACCUCAUUGCACCACAACCCUUAUUUGCUGGCCAAAAUGGUGCCCUAGGCCUUCCUAAUCAGUUAUCUCCUGAUAUGGUGCCAAAUCUAAACGGUUUAAUGAAUCCUUAUGGACAGAUGAUUUCACAGAAUAUGAUGGUUAUGGGAGAUGGUUAUAAUGUGUACACAGGAGGUUCGAUGGGACAGCAGUUGCAGGGUCAACAACCAAGUCCCUAUACAAUGGGCAUGGGAUAUGGAAUGGGUUACGGGAUGUCUAUGAAUAUUGGUAAUUAUAUCAAUCAAGUGAAUGCUUAUAACCAAGCCAAUUUCAUGCAUCCUAUGUCUAAUGGAAUGAAUCCUGAUACUGGGAAAGAUACGUCAACCAAUUGCACAACAACUGAUAAACCCCUGCUGAAUGAUACAUCAGAAAAAAAGACACAAGUCAAAGCAAAAUUCAAAACGGAAGUUCCACCACCAAGCGAACAAUUUCUUUAUCGUUGUAAACGUAUUCUCCCAGGUUGUAUUUACAUUAUCUCCUUUUUAGUCACUUUACCAUCGAUUGCUGCAUUUGAGUCAGAUGAAGUAGAUGGUAUGAUCUUAGCUCGGUGCACUACAAUGUGUCGUUCUUAUUUUUAUUAUGACCUGGUUGUGCUCAUCACCUUACCAACAAUUUCUGUAAUUAUCGCAUUUUACUAUUCUGCAUUAAGUAAAAAACAGAUUAAUGGUGAACUUAAAAUGACCUACCGCUUAAGAUGCUACUAUGUAACAUUCAUUUUAUUGAACGUCCCAAUGUUUGUUUUAAUGUUAACGUCUAUUGGCUUCCGAUUAAGUGAAAAACCGUACCGUAAUAUCUAUGGUACUGGUAUAUUGAUUGCUAUGACUGCUUAUCAUACCAAUUUUGCUUUGAAGUCCACCGUCUAUACAACUGGAUGCAAUUGUAUUUGUUGUUCUGACAGUUGUUUAAUUCGAUAUCCAAGAGUUAGUCGAACAAUUGCUUCAUUUACAACACCAGUUGCUGUGAAAGAUAAAGAAGCCUUAUUAGAAGGUAUGGUUAUUCCUAUACGUCUUGAUAAAUGAACCAGCCAAUUAUUAGUGAACUAAAAACUAGUUUAAAUUCUCAUUCAUUGUACACUUAAUCAAAAUAAGAAGUGAAUUAUUUUUAUCUGUAAUUCUCGAAUCCCUUAUUUUUAUUCCUGUUCAGUAUUCACUCAUUUACAAGCACUAACUUCGUAAAAUAUUUCAUGUUUUUGACUUAAUACGGUAUAAGUGUUUUCUUUAUUUUGUAAGUUAAUUAGUGAAGGUCAGUGAAAUACUCUGUGCCUUAUUUCAGUCAACAUAAAUUAAUGAAAUAUAGAUAUUUAGGGAAGUUACUGUUUGAUCAGCAAAUAUAUACUGUUGCUUUUUAUUUCUUACUUCAUAUUCCUCAUAUCAACUUAUUAGUUGGUCAGGUUACUUUAGCUUCUGACCUUUAUUAAAUUGUAAGAUGGAAUGCUUACCAUACAAUCGAACAACUAUCAACUUCAUCAGAGCUUUGUACCACUAAUGAUUAACUUAUUCUGACAUAUGGUCGAAAGUCUUGAGACUUGAUCCUCGGAUUUCAACACUUGUUUCUUUUAAUGUUUUAACUGUCACGUAAUUGCUAGCCUCACCAGCAGAGAUCUGCUACAACAAUACUAUUUGCUGACAGGUACAGGAAAACAUUGAUUGAUUGAUCCCUUCACCAGAAUUUGUUCCUAUUUUGUCGUCUUGAGAUUAUUUCUGCCAACAUCUUUUAUAUAAACAAUCAAACUUCUAAUCCAUAGACUUGAAUAGUUCAGAUGUCCUUUAAGGUUGUUAAACCACUAACUCAAAUCAUUUUAUUCGUUCCUAGAAAAGCUAGAGAUUACAUAAACUAAAACGGAACGUGUAAUUC